AUGCUAAAAUUCAGAGAACUUCUAGUACAAUCAUUACUCAAUGAUAAAGACGAAGGUGAAGAAAUAGAGGAUGAACAAGACGUACCGAUACCGAGGAAAAACGCAAAAUCUACACAUAUCAUGAAGAAAUUUGAAGGCAAUGCUAGACAGAAUAGAAAACGCUGUAUUUCCUGCUACGACAAGUUACAAAAAGAAAAAGGGACAAAGGAAGCACGAGCCAAAACUAAGAGAGUAAUGACCUACUGCGAUGAAUGUGACAAUAAACCUGCAAUGUGUUUAGAAUGUUUCAACGAAAAACAUCCUUCAAAAUACUUUUAA